UAAAUAUCUUCACAUAAUUAAGGUGUAAGCUUAGCUAUGACAAUAGCGCAUUGUGUGUUCUGCAAGAAAGCACUUGCUAGUUAUGCUAGCUAGGUGGUUUACAGCUCUGGGGCGACUGCAUCAGCCAUUAAAAAGGAAAACCUACUGCAGAAUUCUUUCUGGGACUGUAGAACAGUGGAAGAAUGGCCUUGAAUCUGGGAUCAAGAGUUCAUUAUCACACAGCCUUUACACAGAUUGCAAAAGCAGCCGAACCAUCACACUUUGUAAUACUUGGAUGUAUGGACUGCAGAGAGGAACCAUGCAAGGACCGUUUACUUUUAAUGUUGAAGUACCUUUUUUAAAUACAAUACCUAACUAUAAAAAUCUACAAAGGAGAAUGAAGUCAACCACAAUAUCCACAAAAUCUGUGUUGAAACAAGGGAACAUGCCUGGUAAAAAAACGUUGAAGGGACCAAGAACAAAACAGCCUUCCAGAGCCAAUCUGCCAGCACCAGAAGAGAACAUGAUGCAAUGUAUUGCCUAUGCAACUGCAGAACAGUACCACCUACCCACUCUCUGUCAUGAUCUAAUGGCCAAUGGGUUUUUUGAAAUAAAAGAUUUACCCAGGGAUGCUUCUAAUGUCUUGGUGAUUGGAACAGAGAUUACAUCAAAACCAGAUGAUACUGCUAUGAUGUUUUUCUUUCGUGAAGGCUCUGUGGUUUUCUGGAAUGUUGAUGACAGCAUGAUAAAAAAAGUGAUGAGAAUAUUGGAGCAACAUGAGAUUCAGCCCUAUGAAGUGGCCUUGGUCCACUGGGAAAAUGAAGAGAUUAAUUACACAAUAAAUGAAGGAAGUACAAAACUUUAUCGUGGAGAUUUUAUAUUUAAUAGUGAGAUGGACUAUGAGCAAGAACUUCUGGAGAAAUUUGCUUUUUCUAAUGCUCUGUCUUUAUCAGUUAAGCUGGCUAUAUGGGAGGUUUCAUUGGACAACUUUGUUGAAUCAAUUCAGGCAAUUCCAGAGACUUUGAAAUCUGGAAAGUCAGUUAAACUGUCCAGGGCUGAGGUCUUACAGAAAAUAGGAGAACUGUUUGCUCUGAGGCACUGUAUAAAUCUCAGUUCAGAUCUUCUUAUCACACCUGAUUUCUACUGGGACAGAGAGGACCUGGAGCAGCUGUAUGACAAAACCUGUCAGUUCCUCAGUAUCAAUCGUCGGGUCAAGGUUGUGAAUGAAAAGCUACAGCACUGUACUGAACUGACAGACCUUAUGAGGAAUCAUCUUAGUGAAAAGCACAGUCUUCGACUGGAGUGGAUGAUUGUGAUCCUAAUCACUAUUGAGGUGAUGUUUGAACUUGCCCGUGUGAUCUUUUGAAAAGACGGGUGAAGAUACAGAAGUCUUGAUGAAGAAACUACCAGUGUGGAAACCGGUACAACAGGCUACAACAAAAAAAAUUAUUUGGGUGUCAAAACAGCUCGACAUAAUUUUUUAUAUUCCUGACAAGUCUUGUUUAUUAUUUAUGUUUAAUUCUCAGAUUCCGUUUUUAAAUUAGUUUGCAGUAGUUUAAUAGAUCUCGCUUUGAGUCUUCAUUAGACAAAUAAACUGCAUCCUUUAAAAAGA